AUGCUUGGUCGCCAAAGUUUUGAUGGGGCUCUCGGCGAAGCGGAGAACCCAACAACCACUUCACAGUCCGGCAGCAGCAAGCAAGUUAAGAAGAGUUUGCUCACCGAAUUUUCUUCGAAUCCACAUCUUCCCCCUCCGAGUUCUCUCACUCCGCGUAUCUCGGGCAUCGUGUCCCACAAAGGGUUUUGUCAAGGAGAUUUCUUGGAUGAGAGGAUCCUUGCGGAGAAGUCUCGCUACAUGAACUCCUGGGAAGACUUCGUUUCGGAGGUGGUUCAAUUCAGCAGCCCCCUUCGUAAACCUUUCCGAGAGUUGUCCAGCACAGUGACGGCAGGGAUUUGGCAGAGAGCUACGCUGUCCACCGCAGAUCUCGCAGCUUACCGAACGGAGCAGAUGUCGCGCAUUCGGCGGGUGGUUGCAGCGGACGGCUCUUUGGCCCAGGAUGCGCAGCAACCCGAUGGAUUCCGCUUGCUCGGGCGGCUGCCAACCGUUCCACAGUGGGCACAACGCCCGGAUCCCCAAGCUUGGGAUGAUGCAGCUCAUGCUCAAGAACUCCAGCGUCUGUUGGACACGCAUGCGGUCAAGCAGGACGGUGGUCUCUUCAAAGUGCCUAGCAGCCACUCCGCAGAGCUUCACAGGCUGCUCGAAGAGGAGACUUCGUCCUACACGUGGCCAGAAGCACGUCGAGAGUUGGGAGACUUUGCUUCUUGGUUGUACUUCGGGGUUCAAGAACCAACUAAGCUUAGGGGUUGCUUGGAUCCGCAAGAAGCGAAUGGUCCCUCGAUGGUCCUACUGCCGAACCAAGUCCUCAUGGCCGGCUUGGAUGGCUAUCUGUCGCUGUGCCAAACCCUGGCCGCCGCCUUCAAAAAGAAAGGGGACCACGAAGGGAGCAUCAGAAUCUAUGUGCCCCGCAGACUUCUGUUUGGUCCGCGAGGGUCUCCACAUGUUUUCUGCAGAGUCACCGAUGCGGUGUCAGCCGUUGCGGCGGUUCUUUUGCUGAUUCCCAACGUUCCUCAUCUUGACGAUUUAGUGGGUGUGGACACUCAGGAUGCUAUAGUUUCAGCGCGUGAGGCCUUCGUCGAGUUACACAUGCUUCUGAAUUUCAGGCUCAAGGGCGCCAAAGCUAGGCCACCUCGUGAUGCAGCAGCAAGUGCUUCAACCUUUCAAGCGCUGGGAGCUCUUCUGAGCUUUGACACCACAGAGCUCCAACGGAAGCUUGGCUUGGUCUGCACUGUGGAUUUGCCCCAACAGAAAGUCAGCAAGUAUGUAGGCGUCAUCACAUCGGCGUUGGAGCAGAAUCACUUGUCGGCCGCAGUGGCUGGGAAGUGUGUGGGCCAGUGGGUUACUUGGCGAGUGCUCCAGGCUGCUCUGGUCGGCUUCUGCAUGUUCAUGUGCGCGUCCGGCCCGAUGUCUGUGCAUGUUCCGGGCACAGUGGCUCGUAGAGCGGCUCUCAUCUUCGUCGAUGCUGCAGGCAAAGGCAACGGCUACAGGCUAGGAGGAGUAGCCUGGGGAGCCGGUUGGUUUUGCUUUUUCUCCCAAGCGAUGGGACCGGAGGACUCCAACCUGUUGCCGUGGCUCUCGGGGCACUGCGUAAAUGAGGCUGAGGCCUUAGCAGCUGUAGUCGCGUUGCUCACCUGGUCGCACCGGCUGGAAAACGUGGACAUCUUCCUUUUCAUAGACAACGUGGCUGCCGAAGGAGUCUUGCAUGGUCAAAGCGUACAGUUCGUCUCCACACCUCACGGUCUUAGCAGGGCUAUUCUGGCAGACGGUCAGGCGGGUUAA